UUUCUUUUUCUUGUUUUUGUUAGUUCUUUUUUACUUGAAAUAAUCCUCUGGUAAAUCCAAGACAACAACAACAGAGAGAAAAUGGAGGCACUGUUGUGCAGAAAACUGGGUGAUCCAACGGUAUCUUUGGAAGACAACAAUAGCCCAAUAGUUCUGUCAAAGAAUCACCCAAUUCCCCAACUCGAUUCUCCCACUGCAGUAAGAGUGAGAAUCAAAGCCACAAGCUUGAACUUCGCCAACUACUUGCAGAUACUGGGCAAGUACCAAGAGAAACCCUCUUUGCCCUUCAUCCCGGGCUCCGACUUUUCCGGUUUCGUCGACGCUGUUGGCCCCAAAGUUUCCAACUUCCGAGUCGGAGACGCCGUUUGCUCCUUCGCCGCCCUCGGCUCCUUCGCUCAGUUCAUCGUCGUUGACCAGUCCCAGUUGUUUCGAGUGCCUCAAGGUUGUGAUCUUGUUGCUGCUGGAGCACUUGCUGUGGCGUUUGGCACUUCUCACGUGGCACUUGUUCAUAGGGCCCAAUUGAGCUCCGGUCAGGUGUUGUUGGUUUUGGGUGCAGCUGGAGGUGUGGGACUUGCUGCUGUGCAAAUUGGAAAAGCAUGUGGGGCCAUUGUCAUUGCUGUUGCUAGGGGAGCUGAAAAGGUGCAGCUCUUGAAAUCUCUUGGGGUUGAUCAUGUGGUGGACUUGGGUAAUGAAAAUGUUACUCAGAGUAUCAAACAGUUCCUUCAGGCUAGAAGGCUUAAGGGAAUUGAUGUCCUGUAUGAUCCAGUUGGAGGCAAGCUCACUAAAGAAUCUUUGCGGCUUCUGAAAUGGGGAGCUCACAUUCUCAUAAUUGGUUUUGCGAGUGGAGAAAUUCCUGUCAUCCCUGCUAACAUAGCUCUUGUUAAGAAUUGGACAGUGCAUGGGCUUUACUGGGGUAGCUAUAAAAUACACCGCCCAGGUGUUCUCGAAGAUUCACUCAAGGAGCUACUGUCUUGGUUGGCAAGAGGCUUGAUUUCCAUCCAUAUUUCUCAUUCUUACCCCUUGUCAGAGGCCUACCUCGCCUUUUCUGCCAUCAAAGAUAGGAAAGUUAUUGGGAAGGUGAUGAUUGUUUUUGAUGAAAAACCUACAAGAUCUAAGUUGUGAUCCUGCCAAAAUUAUGCUAAAUGGUUGAAUAAUUUGUUCUGGGUACACAAGGAUUGAAGGCCUAUAUUAGCAACCCAGAGAUGUUAAUGUACGGAAACAAAAUAAAAGGAGCAAUCAUUGUCAAAUUAUGUGGAAAAAAAAUAUUACCCUUGAAGCCCUCACAUUGUUAUGUAAAAUCUUUACGUUGUUGCUAAGAUUGAUUUUCUUUUUUCAAGUUGUAGUACUGCUUACAGAAAAUUUUCUAUACAAUGUUUCAAAGCUGUUACUCUAUUGUUAAUGAGAGACUUAAUUUUUUACGUA